UGUUCACAUUCAUCACAUCACAUGCAGAGGAACCUAAGAUAAGUUUCAUUUCCUUGUGCUAUUAUAACAGAUUUAAAAAGCAGAAAAGAAAACUUAUCAGCCAACUUACAAGGAACUACACAAGAAGAACAUUCAACAUUCGUUCAGAUUACUUAUGUUUGACGGUCAAAGACCUGAUAUGUCUUAUGCUAUUUAUCACAAUGUGUUCAAGGGAAUGGACAAAGAGAGAGGAGAGAUGCUGGGAGAGAUCUUCGAGAGUGAAGAUGACUACAGGACACAGACAGACUCCAAAACAAACAGACAACUACCAUUUCAGUCUGCGGGACGUUAUGUGAGGAUAAGAAGUUACAGAUCAGUUUCAGUGUGUUUGGUGCUGCUGUGUGUUCUUCUACUGACUGCAGUCAUAGUGCUGUGUGUCCUCAUCAAUACAAACAAUCACCAGUGUCACAUCCAGACCAAAAACAUCACAGAAGAGAGAGAUGAAAUAAUAGCCAAGUACAAUAAUAUUACUAAACUAAGUGAACAGCUGAAUCAGGAGAAAAUUGAACUGUGGACACAUCUUCAAGAUGGAUGGAUUUACUAUCAAUCCAGUUUGUACUUCAUUUCAUCUGAGCAGAAGAACUGGACUGACAGCAGAAGAUACUGUAGAGAGAGAGGAGCCGAUCUGACCAUCAUUAACAACAAAGAGGAACAAGAUUUCAUUAGUGGAAAGUCCGGUAAAGACAACAUCUGGAUUGGUUUGUCUGAUAUUGAAGUGGAGGGCAUAUGGAAAUGGGUUGAUGGCAGCACACUGACCACAAGCUUCUGGAAGGCUACACAGCCUCAAGGAGUUGAAGAUGAAAACUGUGUUGUUAAUCAUUUAUCUGUGUGGUCUGAUUAUUUUUGUUAUGCACAAUUUAAAUUCAUUUGUGAGGCAAAACGUUUAAAUUGAUCAUCACAACAAUCCGUUCUUACUUGGAUGAUUUAAAGAUAAAUAGAGAUCUUUCUGACCUGACUUUUUUUAAGGUAUUUCGAUGUUCUAUGUGUAACAUUUUUGUCUAACAACUUUUGUUAUAAUGUGCUGUUUAAAGGGCACAUAUUAUGCAAAAUCCACUUUUACAAGGUGUUUGGACAUAAUCUUGUGUUGACUGUGUGUGAGCACAAGAACCCAACAAUGAAAAAAAUCCACCCACAAAUCCCCAUUAAAUCAGAGUGGUCUCUUGUUAAUGUGAUGUCACACUAACAAAGCCCCGCCCAUGACCACUGACUGACUGACUUACAUCUUGUAAAAAUGGGCAUAAUAUUGGCCCUUUCAGUUUACAGCUUUGUUAUUAACUUGUACUAAACACUUUUACUACCUCAUUCCCCGCCAGCCUUGUUUUAAAAAGUUGCCCACCAGCAGUUUUUUUAUU